AUGAUGUCCAUGAACAGCAAACAGCCGCACUUCGCCAUGCAUCCCUCUUUGCCUGAGCACAAGUACACCACCCUGCAUUCCAGCUCGGAAGCUAUAAGGAGAGCUUGUCUACAAACUCCACAGCUGCAGAACAACAUCUUCGCCAGCCUGGAUGAGACCCUGCUGGCCCGGGCAGAGGCUUUGGCGGCCGUGGACAUCGCCGUGUCCCAGGGCAAGACGCACCCGUUCAAGCCCGACGCCACCUACCACACGAUGAGCACGGUGCCAUGCUCGUCGGGAUCCACAGUUCCACUGGCCCACCACCACCACCAUCACCAUCACCACCACCACCAGAACUUGGAGCACCAGGACAUCAUGGACCACAUCAGCUCGCCGUCCCUCGCACUCAUGUCCGGCGCGCACGACGGGACCGGUGGAGGAGGAGGCGGCGGGGGCGGCGGAGGUGGCGGCGGAGGGCUUAUUCCCACCUCCUCUGCCCACCCGCACUCGCACAUGCACGGCUUGAGUCACCUCUCGCACCAGGCUAUGAGCAUGAACUCGCCUCUCACCCACCACGGGCUCUUACCGGGCCAUCACGGUGGGGGUCAAUGCGGCCCAGGGCUCACUAACGCCGGCCUGCCCUCCAUCAAUGACUCAGACACGGACCCAAGGGAGCUGGAAGCUUUCGCGGAGCGCUUCAAACAGCGGAGGAUCAAGCUAGGGGUGACCCAGGCGGACGUGGGAGGCGCUCUGGCUAAUCUGAAAAUCCCCGGCGUGGGAUCACUGAGCCAAAGUACAAUUUGUCGUUUCGAGUCGUUAACUCUGUCCCACAACAACAUGAUUGCGCUCAAACCGAUCCUCCAGGCCUGGCUGGAGGAGGCCGAGGGGGCCCAGAGGGAGAAACUGAACAAACCGGACAUUUUUAACGGAGGGGAGAAGAAGCGCAAGAGGACUUCGAUAGCGGCUCCAGAGAAGAGGUCUUUGGAGGCAUACUUCGCCGUGCAGCCUCGACCGUCGUCCGAGAAAAUAGCAGCUAUAGCGGAAAAGUUGGACCUGAAAAAAAACGUGGUGCGCGUGUGGUUUUGUAACCAAAGACAGAAGCAGAAGAGGUUGAAAUUUUCCGCAGCUCACUGAUGAAGAAAAGACAGAAAAACAAAAAAGUUGUGGGACUGAAUUUGGGGACCAAGGGACACUAAGACACCAUUUUCAGUCUUUUGUCUCCAGCGCUUUUACACGUUGGUGCACACUGGGCUUUAGAUGACCCAUUUUCUGAGGCUUCAUAUAUCUUGUUUAUUUUCACGUUAUCGGUGAAUGUGAAGUAUGCAAAUGACAGAUGACACACACUUUCGCUCAGUUGUUUCGAGGGAAAAAGUUUUAGCUACGUCGACAUUGCCUUUUAACACACGCGGAAAAAAAGAGGUAAUUUGCUUGAUACUAUAGCGAGUUAUUUUCUCCGAAUAGGCCUAUUAUUUGAAGUAUAGCCAUUUACGAAUUACCUCAUUGAUUGUUAAACUGUGUUUCUGGUUUGAGUUUUGUCGUUGUUGGUAUAGAAUAAUCCAUGAAUCUGUUCUCCAUCUCUUCAUUUAUUCUUAUUUGGAGGCUGCUAUGAACUCAAAUUCUGUUGCAAACUUUUAUGGCUAAGGAAAAAAAAUAAUAGGCCUGCAUGAAACUCUGAUUCACGGGCUGUAAUGGAGCCUCUGAAGGCUGUCACAUCUAGAGAUAUAUUUAUUUUGAAUUUGCACAAAGGACCCUUAAGGUUUAGAGUUGAAAUGGUUUUGUAUAUACAGACAUCACUUUGUCACUUAUCAGAGGGGAGCUCCUGUGCUCUGGAAAUUAAUUGGGUCUAAAUUGGCAUCCCAAGAAAAAGUUCCAAACAGAUCCAGAACAGAGAGCCUUCAGCUUCAUGAAGGAGAGAUCACAGUGAAGUAAUGUGUUCCAGUUUGCAGUGCAAACACUCUAUGCAUUAAAAAAGAGUCACUGCGUGCAGUAGAGCUGUCUGCUGAUCAGACCUUAUUUUGUGGAUGGUGUAAGUCACUGUUAAUGCCUGUUUUUCACAUUGAGAUCACCACGUUGUUUGUCGUGUUAAUUGUUACAGAAACGUUGUGUAAGUAAUCUUUUUACUUUGUGCACAAGUAUGUUUACAAAAUCUGCGGCGACAUGUGCAUCAUGGAGAAAUGUCCCACUGUGUCCUUCCCUCUGUCACAACUUCUCCUCUGUUGUCCUCUUUACUUUCAUUGGUACUCUUCAUCCUGUAAGCCAAAUCCGACAGGGAGGUGUGUUCCAGCAAUCUUCUAAUAAA